AUGUCGCUGCUGGAGGCGGUGGGCUUCCUGCUGGCCACCGUCGGGUUGCUGGCCGUCACCCUCUUCAACAGCUACUGGAGGGUCUCCACCGUCUCGGGCAACGUCAUCACCACCUCCACCCUCUUCGAGAACCUGUGGCAGAGCUGCGCCACCGACUCCACCGGCGUCUACAACUGCUGGGAGUUCCAGUCCAUGCUGGAGUUGCCGGCUUACCUGCAGGCUUCCCGGGCCCUCAUGAUCACGGCGUUGGUGCUGGGCUUCUUCGGCAUCCUUUGCGCCAUGGUGGGGAUGAAGUGCACCAAGGUGGCUGAUGAGAACCCCAACGUGAAGGCGAAGAUAGCCACUGUCGGAGGUUGCCUGUUUGUCAUGGCUGGUCUCUGUGGCAUGGUGACGCUCUCUUGGUAUGCCUUCAACAUUACCCGGGACUUCUUUAACCCACUGUUUGCUGGCACAAAGUAUGAAAUUGGCCCAGCCCUCUACCUUGGCUGGAGUGCCUCGCUGCUGGCGAUCCUCGGAGGAGGGUUCCUGUUCAGCUCAUGUAGGGUUCAUUCUUCACCGGAGAAGAGUUACAACUAUCCAUACAAGGGCACGAAGAGUGCUGUCUCAGCCCCGAACAUGACGCCUGCCCGCCCCCGGGUAGAAUCUACCACCAGCAGUGUCGGCAAGUACGGCAAAAACGCUUAUGUUUAA